AUGUCCCGCCCCGUAUCCUUCACUGCCACCCGGGCUCUCGGUGUCGCCGCUGAUGAGUUCGCGGCCGCCACGCACAAGCGGCACGUCGUCGUGACCGGCGGAUCCGGCAAGCUUGGCCGUCCGACAGUCGUCGAGCUCGUCGCGAACGGCUGGGAGGUGAUCAACUUCGACAAGCAGCUGCCCCCGCCGACUGCGCCGAAGGAGGCGCAGUUCAUGCACACGGACCUUGAAGACAUGGGCCAGGUCAUGGAGAACCUGAUCGAAGUGGAUACGAAAUACAAGAACAUCGAUGCAAUUGUGCACCUCGCGGCCCUCCCUGCGCCCGGAAUGAUGGCGUCCUCGACGCAGUUCCAGUUGAACGCGAUGUCGACCUACAACAUCCUCGAGGCCUCGCGCAAGCUCGGUAUCAAAAACCUCGUGCUCGCCUCGUCCGAGACUCUCCUCGGUCUUCCGCUCAACCCCUGGCUGCCAGACUACAUCCCCAUGGACGAGAACUCGCCCCGCCGGCCAGAGACGGCGUACUCGCUCAGCAAGCUCGUCGGCGAGGUCAUGGCCCAAGAGUACACGCGAUGGGACUCGACGACGAAGAUCGUCUCGCUGCGCUUCUCGAACGUGAUGUCUCCAGAGGACUUUGCCGCGUUCGAGACGUGGCAGGACGACCCGAAGAUCCGGAAGUGGAAUCUGUUCGGAUACAUCGACGCUCGGGAUGGUGCCCAAGCGAUCCGCAAGUCCCUCGAAUACAAGGCGACGGGCCAUCACCAGUUCAUUAUUGCGAACAAUAACACGACCAUGCGCGCGCCAAACGCAGAGCUAGUGGCGGCAUGUUUCCCGGGUGUCCCAUACAAACCGACGCCAGGCGCAAAUGACACGCUGCUCAGCAUUGACAAGGCGAAGCGUGUGCUCGGAUACUCUCCGAAGUACGACUGGAAGUAA